GCAUUUCAGAAUAUUCAUGUGUUAUUUUCAAAGAAAAAUACCUUACUUGGACUUCUAACCAUAUCAGCCUAACUCUUUCGGUGAAUAAGCUCAGAAAGGCAGGCAUUGUUUGCUAAAGUCUUAGACGAAGACAGUGACUUGGAUUUCUGAGAUCUGAAAACUCAACAAGACUCAAGAAGACUGAAAAACAUGUUCAAGUCAUGGAGCAAGAAGAAGAAGAUAAAAGCUAUAUUCCAACUGCAGUUUCAGGCAACGCAGGUGCCGAAAUUGAAAAAGCCUGCUUUGAUGUUGUCUUUGGUGCCGGACGACGUCGGAAAGCCGACGGUGAAACUAGGAAAAGCUGCAGUUCAGGAUGGAACCUGUAUUUGGGAGAAUCCAGUUUAUGAAUCAGUGAAACUCAUUGAGGAAUCAAAAACGGGAAAACUGAAAGAGAAGAUUUAUCACUUCAUUGUUUCAACUGGCUCGUCAAAAGCUGGUUAUCUUGGAGAAGCUUCAAUUGAUUUUGCAGAUAUUGUGGCAGAAACUGAACCCCUAACAGUCAUUCUGCCUCUUAAAUUUGCAAACUCUGGUGUAGUUUUACAUGUAACAAUUCACAGGAUUCAGGAAGAUGGUGAUCAAAGGGAAAUUGAAGAAGGUGAUGAUCCGACUCUUUCACGCCAUAGCAGCAUGGACAUCCAAAACAGCAAUUGGGAUACAGAUGGAAGCAACCACCUCAGUUUUACGGAAAAUGGAGCCUGCGACAAAACCACUAAUGGCCAUCAGGAUGCUGCCAGUUCCCUGUCACCCCUUGAACAAAACUCCAUGCCUCAAAACGGAAACAACGGUGCCACCGCAAUAAAAAACCAUAUGCGUCAAAAAUCAAGCUUGGAUUGGUCAUCAGAUGGAAGUUUAUUUGAUUCACCAAAUAGUGUUGAAGACAAGCUUCCAACCGAAAGGGUGCAAGCGGGUUCAGAUGAUUCCAUUGAGAAACUCAGAAAUGAAAUUGCUGUUCUUAUGAGGCAGGCAGACCUAUCAGAACUGGAGUUACAGUCUCUUCGGAAACAGAUGGCCAAAGAGAGUAAACAAGGACAGAAUCUCUCAAGACAAGUUAUUAGCCUUAAAGAGGAGAGAGAUGCACUCAGAAUAGAAUGCGAACAACUUAAGUCCUCGCAGGGACGUAGCGAUGGGGAACAGGCUUUCAAAAAGUUGCAGCCCGAGACCAAGGAUACAAGAGUUCAGUUAGAAGCAAUCAAGCAAGAGCUUAAUUUUGAAAAGAAAGUUAGAACCAAUCUUCACUUGCAACUGCAGAGGACACAAGAUUCAAAUUCUGAGUUAGUCCUAGUGGUGAAGGAUCUUGAAGACGCGUUGGAGAAGGAAAAAAGGGAAGUAGCUGAUCUUUCAAGCAAGUUAGAAACUGAAAAGAAUUCCAAAGUGAUGGGUAAAAUGUUUGAGGAUGAAAUCCAAAAAUCUGCAGGGAAACUGACUAAGAAGCACAGUGAUGUCCAGGAAGUAGAAUCCUUGAAGCUUAAGAUCAGAGAACUUCUUAGUGAAAUAGACACCCACGAGAAGAAGAGGGAAGAGCAAGGUGCGCAUAUAAAACAGCUCACCUUGGACUAUGACCUUUUAAAGCAGGACAACUGUGGCAUCUCUUUGAAGUUAGAUCGUAACCAAGAAAGACUACGAACAGAGAUGGAAAAUGAGCGGGCAGGCUAUAUAGCUACUAUAAAAGAGCUUGAAUCUCAGUUAGAGAGAUCAGAAGAAACAAUUGAGAAGCAAGCACAUGAAUUUGCAGAAUGUUUGAUCUCCAUUCAGGAACUUGAAAGUGAGGUUAACUCUUUGGAGAGAGAACUGGAGACGCAGGCCAAGGGGUUUGAAGAGAAACUGGAGGCCGUGACAUGUGCCAAGGUUGAGCAAGAACAGAGGGCCAUCCAAGCAGAGGAAGCAUUGAAAAAGACAAGGUGGAAUAAUUCUGUUACAGCUGAGCGUCUUCAAGAGGAGUUUAGAAGGCUUUCUGUGGAAAUGACAUCUAAGGUUGAUGAAAAUGAGAAGCAGGCCACAAAAGCACUGGCAGAAGCUAAUGAACUGCGUCAGCAGAACAGAAUUCUGGAAGAGAUGCUCCAGGAAGCCAAUGAAGAGUUAGAGCUGAUUAAGGACCAGAAUGAAGUAAGAUUGCAAGAUCUUGUCAACCAGAUUGAUGUGAAAGCAAAACAUAUAAAGCAGAUAUCAUUGGAACUAGACAAUAAAUCCAAGCUCCUUGAACAUGCAAAAAAGCAUGAGGAGGAAGAACAUGAAGCUCUCUCAAUGAAAAUGCAAAUGCUCAAAGCUGAGAUAGAAAGGCUCACAGAAGAGAAUUCUAACUCCACAAAACAGGAGGAAGAGAAAUUGAGAGGAGAUUUGAAACAAAUGAACAAACUAAUUGCUGAAAAUGAGAUGCGGAUCCAGUGUUUGAAUGUUGAAAAGGAUAAUUUGGAGAAAAGAUUUGCUUCAGCAAAGCAGGAAGCAGAGAAAACACAUGAAGAACUUACCAAUAUGAGAUCUUUAAAAGAAGAGAAGGAAACGACAAUCACUUAUCUGAAGUCAGAAGUGGAAAACCUGAGGACCCAGCACAAGGAGUUUAAGGAUACCUUGUAUAAGGAAGCAUUGGCAAAAGAAAGCUUGAGGAAACAAAUAUCUCAGUUACAGGGUCAAAGGAAAACAGAAGAUUGCUCAGAGAAAAAGUUGAAAGCCUCCACUUUCCAUACCAGUGAUGAGAAUAAUUUUACAGACUUGCUGACUGAAUUGACAUUACUGAAGGAAAGAAACAAAUCUAUGGAAAAAGAACUAAAGGAUAUGCAAGAAAGAUAUUCAGAGAUAAGUCUCAGAUUUGCAGAGGUUGAAGGUGAACGGCAACAACUUGUAAUGACUGUGCGUAACCUCAGAAGCAGUAAGAAGAACUAGCAUCCUCUGAGAUGUUGAGCCUUGGGAACUGUACAGAUUACGGAAUUGCAGCUGGGGACCUCAUACUUCACAACCAGCUUGGGAAUUGGAAGCUUUCUUAGUAGUUUUCUUCUCUCAACAGUUUCAAACAUCACCAAGCAACAUGGCAGGGAUUGGAUUUUGGUCAACCUAAAGAUCUCUCAUUUCGACUACUACUGUUUGUUCUUGGCUGUCUUGAGCUCUCUCAACCUGCUCUUCUUCCUCCUCGUGGCGAAGUAAUUUGUUUACAAUGCAGACACGAGAGAACCGAAAGGAGACUUUGCCAAACAAACCUCCGGCUCAAGCUCAAACCGAAGCCUCAAAUGCUUUACUUGUAAGUUGAUAAAAAAUUUAUUGUGUUUGUACAAAGGAAAACACAAAGCUGUAUGAAGAUAUAAUAAACUUGAAGGCAAGUUUUCAAACCUAAA